CCUCUCUUUCUCCACUCGUUUUUCUUUCCAAACAGGGAAAAGUGUUCCGUGAAGCGGUAGUGCCUUUCCGCCUCGCCUUCUCCUCCCGGGCUCGGGUCGCGGCUCCGGCCCGGCGCAGGCUGGUGGGGCGCGCGCGGGGACGCCUCGGUGCCCGAGAGAGCGGGGCGCGGGGCUGGAGCCCCGCGCGCUUCUCGAGGCGCCGCGCCCAUCUCUCCAAAGGUCCGCCGGCUGCGCCCGGACGCCCCGCAGCCAGGCAGCGGCUGAGCGGGGCCGCGCCCGCGUCCGGGGAUCGGGAUGUCCCUCCUCCUCCUCCUGCUAGUUUCCUUCUGUGUUGGAACCCUGGGAACUCACACUGAGAUCAAAAGAGUGGCAGAGGAAAAGGUCACUUUGCCCUGUCACCAUCAACUGGGGCUCCCUGAAACAGACACCCUGGAUAUCGAAUGGCUGCUUACUGAUAAUGAAGGGGGACAAAAAGAGGUGAUCACUUACUCCAGUCGUCGUGUCUACAGUAACUUCUCUGAGGAACAGAAGGGCCGAGUGGCCUUUGCUUCCAAUUUCCUGGCAGGAGAUGCCUCCCUGCAGAUUGAGCCUCUGAAGCCCAGUGAUGAGGGCCGGUACACGUGUAAGGUGAAGAACUCAGGGCGCUACAUGUGGAGUUACGUCAUCUUAAAAGUCUUAGUGAGACCAUCCAAGCCCAAGUGUGAGCUAGAAGGAGAGCUGACCGAAGGAAGUGAUCUGACUCUGCAGUGUGAGUCAUCCUCUGGCACAAAGCCUAUUGUGUAUUACUGGCAGCGAAUUCGAGAGAAAGAGGGAGAGGAUGAACAUUUGCCUCCCAAAGCUACAAUUGACUUCAACAACCCUGGUCGAGUUCUGCUGCAGAAUCUUACCAUGUCUUCUUCUGGGCUCUAUCAAUGCACAGCAGGCAAUGAGGCUGGGAAAGAGAGCUGUGUGGUGCGAGUGACCGUACAGUAUGUACAAAGCAUCGGCAUGGUUGCAGGAGCAGUGACAGGUAUAGUGGCUGGAGCCCUGCUGAUUUUCCUCUUGGUGUGGCUGAUAAUCCGAAGGAAAGACAAAAAAAGAUAUGAGGAAGAAGAGAGACCGAAUGAAAUCCGAGAAGAUGCUGAAGCCCCAAAGGCCCGCCUUGUGAAACCUAGCUCCUCCUCCUCAGGCUCACAGAGCUCACGCUCUUGUUCUUCCUCCACUCGCUCCACAGCAAAUAGUGCCUCACGUAGCCAGCAGACAAUGUCAACUGAAGCAGCACCCCAGCCAGGGCUGGCCACCCAGGCAUACAGCCUAGUGGGGCCAGAGGUGAGAUGUUCUGAACCAAAGAAAGUUCACCAUGCUACCCUGACCAAAGCAGAAACCACCCCCAGCACAAUCCCCAGCCAGAGCAAAGCCUUCCAAACUGUCUGAAUUAGAGUGGACUUCACUCCCGUACUUUCCUAGGAGUCAGGAUCUUAGGACUCUUCCAGCUAUUGGAACUCUGUCACCAGCCACACAAACUCCCUCAGAGAAGAGAAAAGGUCAUUUAAGCAUCCCAUGGAACAUCCCAUGGAACAGAUUCAGAUGAGCACUUUCCUUAUACGACACCAAACAAGCAAAAGGAUGUACGCUGAUCAUCUCCAAAAAGGCAUCUCAUUGUGCCUCUGGGCUGGGGUAGGGAAGCGGGAGUGCAAAUCAUUUGUUGAACAGGAGGUGAGAAGACUGGGGAAAAGGGAGUGAAUACACCUAAAAUUUCUCCCCAGGAUGUUUUGUAUCAGUGCUUCAAUUCAGUAUGAUCAAGAAGAAAUGGGUGUUGUUCCUAAAUUUUCUAUGCAUUUCUGCAGACUACUGAAUUACUGUGAUUAUUCACAUAGUCAAACAGAAUCCACAGCCUUAUAUUAUACCUGUUUGCACCAUAUACUGAGAUAACCACUUCUAAAAAAUUCCUGGAGAGGAAGUGUGUAGUCUUCUCUGAUUCAACUUCAUUUGUCAUAAGUUUUGGAAAUAAACGUCAAGAGGAGUUGAAGUACUGGCAGAUGGAGAAGAACGAAUUGAGCUUGUACUCUUCUAUCAACUAUCAAUAUCCCAACUGACAUUGAACCCUAAAAUAAGAACUAUAAAAGUAGUCUAAAAUGUGUGACAAAGGUCUACAAAAAGCCUUCCAUCUUGACAUUCAGAGAGGAUUGCUAACCAAUACAAGAAACAUUUACUGGAGCAACUGUGGAAUUUCUUUUCAAAUCAGAUGCCUCUAAGGAUUUCCGAGCUGGACAUAUCUAGAAGGAAAUAUUUAGUAGGUGUCAUUCAGCAAUGUCCUUAGAAUAAAGUCCUCCAGGGAAAAUAAGAUAGGUCUAGGGAUGUUGAAAGGUUACCUAACAUACCACUAUAACUACUUCCUGAGAACAUGUGAAACCAGAAUUUCAAGACUGACUACACUAGAAAGGGAGAUUACAUUGGGUUUUUUCCAUAAUAUGUUAAGGAAUAAUAUAAGGAAGUUUAGUGUUCCACCAAACUUGAAAAUUCCUCCAUUUCUUUCUGGGACUUUUGAUGCUCCUAGACCUUAAACUCUCAAAAAGAUCAGUGACUGCCAACAUUUCCUAAUGGGUGUGCAAGUACGUGCCAUAAUCAUUCUCUCCUGAGAGGGUAAAACAGACGGAAAUUCAGUAUUUUCCCAACUUCAGCUUCUAAGAAUGCCUACAUCUGGGCUGGAAAGAAGGGGAACUAACAUUUGGGGAAGACACAGUAAAAAUAACUAGUGGGUGGCAGGACAGGGUGCUACUAGAGCCUAAAUUUUUAGCUGCCAGAAUCUUGGAAAGUAUUAGUUGCAAGGAUUCAUCAGGGAAGAUACUGAAAGAGCUGAUGCAGCGUUUGACAAAAAGCAAGCAGCAAACUCUAGUAUUUCAACUUGCUAUUUUAAUAGUUUUGACUACUUGGAUUCCUACAGCACAAAGGCUGGUCCUGAAGCAGCCCUUUAAAGAACUUAACACAAAUGUCAACUGAUCAUAAUCAAUCAGUACUGCAGAAUAUUUGUCAUUAAAAGAGCGGAAAGCUAGAGGAAGAAAAGAAUGCUGAAUGUGGUGAUGACAACAUUGUCUCUUCAACAGGAAUGAGAUAUGUAUAAAGAAAAGGCUGAUCUGAGACUUUGCCCCAUCUCUCUGCUUUUUCAUUCCUACAGUAAAUUCUCAUAUUAAUGUCCUCACAGAGUAUAAAUGCGUUCUCUUCUAAAGUCCCUCAGUACUUAGGAGGAAAGUUUUUAUUGUUGAGGAGAAAGGUUUUCAGGGGUGCUGGGAGCAAACCCAGGACCUCACGCAUGCUAAGCUGAAAGUUUUAACCUAAGCUUUACCUUCCUCUACCAAAAGAAAACAAAGAGCUAUUGAGGAAGUAACAAAAAGAACUGUCUGCUAUUUGGUUAAGACCAAUGGCACAUUUGGAGUGCUUCUUAUGUUAUUUCAUUGUUAAGAUAGAAAACCGCUUACUCUUGACUACAUUUUCCUUCUUCUGGAAGUGUGGUAUCCAGGCAAUCUAUCUGCUGUGCUAUGUAAUUCUGAGAAUUCUUAUUCCUAGAGUACCUGAGCCAAACGAGCACUGUGGGAAGCUGCACCUAUGUCAUCACUAGCAAUUUUCUCUUGUUAUUCACUACCUUUGAACCUAAGGUUUCCUGUCUAUGCCUUUGAAACCAGGAAUAAAUCCCCAUUGCAUUAAAACGUUUAGAUUAAUGACAUAUUUUGCCAGUGUAUUCACAAUGGAAAUCUGCAACAAAUACACAAAACAGAUUAUACUAAGAGCUCAGAAAUCUAUGGAAUGAAAGAUUCUUAGAGAUAAGGUGCUGAAAGCUUAGCAAUACUGCCCAGCUCCUCUUUUGAGUCAGGCAUUUGAGUUCAGAUGAGAUUAGGCUCUGGGUUUAAGAUAAAGCCACUACUGGUUCCAAACCACAUUCCACUGACUGCAAAUAAAAUGAUCCUUUAAUGUGAAACAAACUGAAUAAGGAUAAAAUAACUAAAUGGUAGAAGAAAAAUGGUAGGAAGACAAUGCUGGAAUGAUGUGGACGUUCGAAGGUAACUGCUUCAAUAAAAUAUAUAAACCAGGAACUUAAAAUUUGUAAAA